UUUUUUUUUGAUGAUUUUUACACAUUCACAUAUUUCAAUUUAAUAAUUUAAAGGAACAUUAAUUUCCUUCUAUCAAAUGCAAAAUCAAAUAAUUUCUUUACAAAAAUUGUAAAAUUUCUAUAUCUCUUCUUUCUAGUUCAGAUACUUUGAUAAUUUCUACAUCUUAAUUCUCCACAAUUAUAAUUUGAAAUUCACUGAACGAUGUCUUAUUAUGAAAUGAGCUUGUCAAUCAUAACAUUCGUUACAAAAACUCUGUACAAACAUCUUUCACCUUUAAGUGAAUCAGUAUUAUUCGAUUUUCAUUUCAAAUUUGACAUGUAUGGUCUUGAUAAUUGUGGCUUAUAAUAAUUACAACAUUAUUUUCGAAAUUUAACUUUAUAAAAAUUAAAGAUUUUUAAAACAAAAAUUAACUAUUAAUUCAAACAGUGUAAAAACAGGAAUAUACAAUUGAUAAACGUAAACAUAAAAAAUAAUAUUCAAAUUAUGAAACAAUAAAACGCUAAUGCAUUUAAUCAAGCGCGUAUUCAUUUUGAAAAUUGUAUAAAUUAAAACAAUUAAUCUUAUUGGAUAAAAUAUGAUAUAAAUUGCUAGGCAAAUAUUCUUCUACUUAUUUCUCACACUACAUCUCAAGCUUAUAUUUCAUCAACAAAUUCUUGAAUAGUUCACAAUGUUACGAACAAAAAUAGGAGAGAUACAAAAUGAUAAAAUAUUGCAAAGAAAUAAGUUGCAACGAUUAUCAAAUAUUGCUUUACAACAAAUACGAAGUUCACUAUAUAGUUAUACACAACACCAAACAGUUACAAAUUCAAUACAACAGAAACAAUUGUCACAAUUUCAAAAAGAAAUCAUAAAACAAAAAUUUUCAUCUAAAAAUGUGUAUAAUGCUAUGAAUAUCGAAUCUUUGAAAAUACGGAAAACAAUUCCAAAAUCAGUACAGCAGAAACAAUUGACACCCUCGUCACAGUUACAAAUUCAAAAACAAGCUACAAAACAAAAAUCUUUAUCUAAAAAUGUGUAUAGUGUUAUGAAUGUUGAAUCUUUGAAAAAGCGACGAAAAACAAUUACAAAUCAGGUACAACAAAAAUUAAAAUAUUUGUUUUCAUCACAAUUUCAAAAAAAAGUUACGAAACAAAAAUUUUCAUCAAAAAAUGUGCGUAACGUUGAAUCUUUGAAACCACAACGAAAAAUAAUUACAAAUUCUGUGCAACAAAAACAAUUGUCAUCUUCAUCACAAUUUCAAAAAAAGAUUACAAAACAAAAAUCUUCAUAUAAAAAUGUGCAUAGUGUUAUAAAUAUCGAAUCUUUGAAAGAAAGACAGAAAACAACUACAAAUUCAGUACACCAAAAGAAAAUAUUAUCCUCGUCACAGUUACAAUUUCAAAAAGAAAUUUCGAAAGAAAAAUCUCUAACUAAAAAUAAACAUAAUAUAAUGAAUGUUAAAUCUUUGAAAUCUCCAUCGAUUUGUGAAAUUUCAAUAAAUGAACAAUGUUCUUCUUCACAAAGUGAAUCAGAAUAUAAGUUUUCAGAAAACGAUGUUUCUGUUAAAAAAAAUAUUCAUAAUUUGAUAAAUAAUAAGGUACGACAUCAAAUAAAAGGAAAUAUUGCAAAAAUGUUAGUUGUAUUUAUUAAUGGUGAACAGAGAUUAAUUACAUUCGAAAUACCUCACGAAGAUUGUACAGUUCAAGAUUUAUUGAAACAGGCAAAUAUCAUGCUUUCUGAGAAAUCAAGUAUUUCAUUAAUUUCUAAUCCUACUUUGGAUAUAAAUUAUUUAGUAAAAAUUGGAUCUGAUACAAUUACAUCAUUUGACAUAAGUAAAAAUGAUGAUAAUUCUCAAAAUAAUAUAAAUAAUAGUUUAAAUAAUUCUAGUAGAUUACCAGAUAAAAAUAUUGAUUCUGUACAACAAAAUAAGACAAACAAUGAGCAUAAUUCAUCAAUAAAAUCAGAAAAAUUGGAACAAGAUGUGUCUAUGCAUAAACAUAAAAGAAAAAAAAGAACUGCUUCAAAAUCAAGGCAGAAUCAUGAAGAACCAGAAUGUUUAACAAUAUCAUCUGAUGAAGAGGAAAAAAGCAAAGAAAAAUCAAAUUCUAGUAACAAUACAUUUUUAAACGACAUGAAUAAUGAUUAUAGUAAUGAAAUGGAUAUCAUUCUUGAGAAGAAACCAAUAAUUACGAACAAUUCUAUUUCCGAUACAAUUUCCGAUUAUGCAGGAUGCACGAAAAUAGAAAAUAUUCCAGAUAAUAUUAUACAACCUCCAUGUACUUCUUUAUUAUGUAAAAUGGUAAGAAUAGGUUCUUAUAAAUAUAUUCCUCGGGAUAGAAUCUUAAUCUCACAAAAUGGAAUCCGAUUUAAUAUACCUUUAUUGGAAGAUGAAAAAACUUUUGUAACAUUAGAUGUUAAGGUUCGAGAUAUAGUAAAAGUACUAAUUCAUUUUGGUAAAUCAAUGCCAGUGCUUUUCUUUUAUACAUCUAUUAAUACUGGAGCUAUGAUUCGUGAAUUAUUAGGAAUGCAGGAUCCAAAAGGACCAUACUAUGAUCCGGCUGGAAAAGAUCAUACACAUAAACGAAUAACUUUACUGCCAGAAAAAUUAUCAGAAGAAUCAAAAGUUGUAUUAAAAACAUUGUUUACGCGAAGAAACUUAUUAGAAGAAUUAAAUGCGAAAGAAGCACAUGAUAUUUUUGAAGGAUCAUCGCCGAAAAAUAAUGUACAAAUGAAAAACCUAUCGAAGAGAAAAAUCCAAACACAGAUAACAGCUAAUUCAAAUAAUACUAGUAUACAAACAAUAAUUAUAUAUCCCUUACCACCUGCUAAAGGUGGUAUAGCCAUUACUACUGAGGACUAUUUAUGUCUUGGGGAAGAUCAAUUUUUAAAUGAUGUAAUUAUAGACUUCUAUCUAAAAUAUUUGACAUUGGAAGUUCUAUCAGAAUCUGAUCAACAGAGAACUCAUGUAUUUAGUUCGUAUUUUUAUAAGCGAUUGACAAGUCCACACACUCAAGCAGUUGAAAAUAAUGUGCCUCUUACACCUGCUGCUAAAAGACAUGCAAGAGUUCAGAAGUGGACGAAAAAUGUCAAUAUAUUUGAAAAAGAUUUUAUUAUAAUUCCUAUAAAUGAACAUGCUCAUUGGUUUUUGGCUAUUAUUUGUUUUCCCGGAUUAGUGGGUAAAGUUUUUGCACAAAGUAAACGAUCUGAUGAAAAUGAUAUUCGUAAAACUGUACAAAAAAGUAAAAAAUUAAAAGAAGUAAAACUUCAAACUGUUACUAUUGGAAGUACAACUCUCAAACCAGUGACGACUACUGUAACUAUAGAUCAGGGUGAUGAUGGUUCAGAAAGGGAUAAUGGAGAGAUGGAAAUAAUUAGCAAAGAUGACGAUGAAUUAGAAAUAAUAGAAAAUAAAAAUUUAUCGCCAAAAAUGAAACAAAAUGUACUACAGGAAAAAGAUAUUAUAAAAAUACCCUGCAUAUUAAUAUUUGACUCUCUUGCUGGAACAAAUAGAAUGCAUGUAAUAGCUACAUUAAGAGAUUAUUUAAGUUGUGAAUAUAUAGCAAAAACGGGAUGUGAAAAAAUAUUUUCAAAAGAUACUAUUAAAGGAGCAUUAUUAAAAGUUCCUCAGCAAUCAAAUUUCACUGAUUGUGGAUUAUAUAUAUUACAAUAUGUAGAAAGCUUUUUUAAGAAUCCCAUUAAAGAUUAUACUUUACCAAUAAAUACAUUGAAAGAUUGGUUUGAGGAAAUAGUAGUAACAAGAAAAAGAGAAGAAUUAUCAAAAUUAUUAAUUAAAUUGAUGAAUGGAAGAAAAAGAGACAAAAAUAUAAUAAUACCUGCUGUAAACUUUCCUACUCAAGAUGGUAAACUAAAAAUUAAGGCUAAAAAUCAUGUUGAUGCGAAAUCUGUAAAAACUAAUGUUAAAGAUAAAUAAAGUCUAUUUUAGAUGGAAAAAAUCGUAAUAAAUAAUAAUAAUAAUAUAUCAAAUUAAAAUACAAAAUCAAUUAUUGAAAUGGUAAAUAAAACUACAAAUCAGAUUGCAUGCAUUCUAUUUUUGUUCAUUUGAAAAUAAUUUGAUAGAAAUUGAUUGAUUUUAAAACUCCUUGAUGAUAAAUUUCUAAUUAUUUAAUUAAAUAAUUAGUUAUUCUACAAUGAAAUUUAUAUAUAUAUUAAGAGAUCGAUAUAAAUAUAUU